UAUUCACUCUUGUAUGCUGUGAUGCCUGCAGGAGACAGAAAAAAAAUUGUUUUGUAAUAUUUACAGAACACAGCCGCUCUUCAAUGUUGCGGGUAUGGUACAAACAAAUGUUUGUAGUUCGCUCUUGGAUGUUGCGAUGUCUGCAGAUAACAAAUGAGCCGCUCUUCAAUGUCGCGGGUAUGGUAAAAAUAAACAAAUGUUUUUAGAAUCGCUCUUGGAUGUUGCGAUGUGAAAAAAAAAGGAAAGGAAAAUCGCUCUUGGAUGUUGCGAUACGAGAGUGCAAGAAUGAAUGUAGCUCAACAUUAUACAAGGAGAAAACGGUGUACUACAAAUAAAGUGAUACUUGGAGAUAACAGGAAAAAAAACGAAUGGAUCCAAACAUUUUUUUUUAGGUUUUGUUUAUUUUUUUCAAAUUUUUUGAUAUGUUUCAAAUGUCUCACAGCGCUUACAAUAUAACAACAAAAUUCAUUUAUCAAAAGUGACGAUGAUCUAAAUAAACAUUGAUAUGAAAACGAGCACAUUUAUAAAAGAAAGUACAUAACAUUAACAAUGAUUUUAUUUUGUUUUGUUUUUUUUUUAUAUAUAUACAUAAUUUGUGGUUAGAUCCAACAAAAUGGAAAACGGAUCACAUGAGAGUAUCCUGAACGAAUCGAUUGUCCAAAACAAGGUAUCAUUCUUCAACCCGGCGGCAUAUAAUUUGCCACAAUUCAAGUAUAAGCAUUUACCCCAGUCUGAAAUUAGACAUGCUUGGAGCUCAUGGAUCCGGUGGUUCGAAACCAUUAUGGCAGCUGCACAUUACAGAUGGUCAUGGUCGUAAGAUGCAGCUGCUUGCAAUGGGCGGCCUGGAACUGCAAAGUGCAUACUAUGGCAUACCAGGAUGCGCAGAAGAUGAUGCAGAUCCCCUGACAGAUCCUUAUGUGUCCAUCAAGGAGAAAUUGACACAGUACUUUUCACCGAAACACCAUGACACCUUUGAAAGAUUUCUGUUCUGGUCCAUGGUUCCGGAUGAUCAUGAACCAAUAGAAAAAUUUGCGCAGAGAGUACAACAGAAGGCAGAAAAGUGUUCAUUCGGCAAAUCUGAGAUAGAGAGCAGGCAAAUCGCAAUCAUGGAUAAAAUCAUCCAGUAUGCAACCGACGACCUAAGGCAAAAGCUUUUGGAGAAGGAACAGUUAGCUCUUGAUGAAGCCUUGAAGACCAUUAAUGCUUACCAAUCAGUUAGGUAUCAAGCAUCAAAGAUGAAUACUAAGCAAGGCUCUGCUUUCCAUCAACAUGAAAUGGUCAACCGACUAUAUCAAAACUCAAAAAAACCAUUGAUACCCGACAGCAAACCGAGAUGUUUGCGUUGCGGUUACAUUCGCCACAGAGAAGCAGAGCAGUGUCCGGCUCUGGGAAAAACCUGUCUUCGAUGCAAUAAACCCGGUCACUUUCAAUCCGUCUGUAAAACAAAAAGCUAUACAGUCAACUCUGGAAAUUUUGAUCGCAAACGUAAGGCAGUUAUCUCGAACAACCAAGGGCCUUCUCGCCCGGCAAAAUUUAGACCGGUUUUCAACAUUGACGAGCAAAGGGAAGAAACAAAACGCGAAGAUCAUGCUGUGUAUAACGUCGGUGGCUCCGAUGAAGUAAUAACGUGCAACGUAGGAGGCGUUGACAUAAAAAUGCUCAUAGAUUCGGGGUCUAAGCAUAACCUCAUAGACGACACGACAUGGCAGCUAAUGAAGCUUCGUGAUGUGAAGAGCUUUAAUGAAAGGUUCGAUCAUGAAAAACGAUUUCUGGCAUACGGACGCGUUCCUCUUAAACUUGUAACAGUAUUCGAUGCGGAUCUGGAGAUUGAGGAUGGAGAUCGAAGGCUGAAAACAACUGCGACAUUCUAUGUCAUCGGUAAGGGCCAGCAACCCCUUUUGGGAAAAACAACUGCUCAGAAGAUCGGAGUUCUCAAAACAGCGUUUUUGGGACACAUUUUGACGUCGGAGGGAAUCGCGCCUGCCGAAGAAAAAGUAAAAUCGAUUCUGCAGUUCAGGUCACCCCAAACUAAAGAGGAGUUACGGAGUUUUCUCGGUCUGGUCACCUACGUUUCCCGGUUUAUACCAAAUCUAGCAACAGUCAAUCAUCCACUGAGGGAAUUGUUGAAGCAGGAGUCAUCGUUUGAUUGGAAAUCAGUGCAUCAAGAGGCAUUUGAUCAGCUCAAGAAAAUGAUUGGAUCCGUUGAUAACUUGGGGUAUUACGACCCUAACGACCGGACUCUUUUGAUCACUGAUGCAUCUGGGGUCGGUCUGGGAGCAGUAUAG